UGGAACUUAUUUAUAAGAUAUCUUGAUUCUUCUCUUAAACUUUGCAUCUGAUAGCAAUUCUAUGAGUCAGUAUGAAUAUAAAUUUGAUGUCUAUUAGGAAUAUCCUCAAUAAAACUUAGAAUGGUAUACUCUAUUUAUUCCUAUUAUUAAAAUAGUUAGCACUGUAACUAGUCGAUAAAACUAGUUCAAUAAGAAAUUGUACAAAAUCAACAUAAUACACAGGCUUUCCAUAAAUGAUUGACUCUUCACUGAUAUUAUGUUCAAGGACAGUUUCCUGGUGUCGACCGACUGACUACCAAGACAUUUUGGACUUUUCUUUUGAUAAUCACGACAUUAUUAGCAAGAAACUGAAUAAAAAGUUACAAUAAGCAGUAUUAGUAGAUUUAAGUUCUCCUUAGGAAUUGUAGUAGUUGUGCUAUCAGGUGAUGGUUGUGAAGAAUGCUAAAUGGUUGUUGAACAAUACUUCUAAUUAAUACUUAAUAUAACAUAAAUUAUAAAGUCAAGCCUCCUUCGCAAAUAUUAGUAUCUUAUAUCCAAUUCAAAUUUUGCUCUUUAUGCCUAUAUCAUGAUAGUAAUUCCUACUUUAAGAAUGAAUAAUAAAUGGGGAGAUCUGUAUAUAUUUUCCAUUUAUCUGAAUCAUUAAGUACAAGGUUAUUUAAUGGAGUUAACGUAAAUCUUAAGUUCUUGAUAAAUUUAUGAUGUCUAUGCUUUGAACAUUUAUUACAACCAUCUAAAUAAUUUUGGCUCUAACUACUGCAAAUCCAUAAAUCAAAACACAAUAAGUUAUCCUAA